GAAAAGGUGUAAUUGCUUGAAACCCAUUUUGUUUUCUUGCUCUGUUGAAUGUGAUCCUAAUGGCAAUUUAUGUAACGGGUGGGGAAGUUCAUACAACUUAUGUCAGCAUUUUUCGGAGGCUUUGUAAUUGCUAUUAUAAAAGGAUGGCUUCUAGCUCUAGUUUUGCUUUCAUGCAUUCCUGCUGUAGUAAUUGUUGGUGGAAUCAUGUCUAUGAUGAUGACAAAAAUGUCAAGCCGAGGACAAAUUGCUUAUGCAGAUGCAGGAAAUGUUGUAGAGCAGACUGUUGGAGCCAUUAGAACAGUUGCAUCCUUCACUGGGGAGAAGCGAGCCAUAGAAAAGCAUAAUAGCAAAAUCCAAGUUGCGUAUGCUGCUGCUGCUCAUCAAGGACUGGCCUCAGGCAUUGGACUUGGUUCACUCACCCUCAUUAUCUUUUGCACUUAUGGACUUGCUGUUUGGUAUGGAUCCAAAUUGAUCAUUCAGAAAGGAUAUUAUUGAGGAAUGGUCAUCACUGUUAUAAUGGCUAUCAUGACUGGAGGAAUGUCAUUGGGUCAAACAUUUCCUAGUGUGAAUGCUUUUGCAACGGGACAGGCUGCUGCAUACAAGAUGUUCGAAACAAUGAAGUGCAAACCAAGCAUCGAUGCAUAUGACACCAGAGGGAUAACAUUGGAAAACACUCAGGGUGAUAUUGAACUGAAAGAUGUUUAUUUUAUAUACCCUGCUAGACCAGAAGUGCAGAUUUUUGCAGGGUUCUCAUUGUUUGUUCCAAGUGGUACAACAGCAGCUUUAGUUGGGCAAAGUGGAAGUGGGAAAUCAACAGACAUCAGCCUUCUGGAGAGACUCUAUGAUCCUGAAGCUGAGGAAGUACUUAUAGACGGUAUUGAUUUAAAGAAGUUGCAGCUCAGAUGGAUGAGGAAGAAGAUUGGUUUAGUUAGUCAGGAACCUAUUCUUUUUGCAACAAGUAUAAAGGAGAACUUAGCAUAUGGGAAAGAAAAUGCAAGUAAACAAGAGUAGAACAGCAAUAGAGCGAGUGAGAUAUGGAAUUCUCUAGAACUUCUAUUAGGACUAAUGUUUAUGUCUCUCUCAGGAGAAGAAAAAAUAAAGAGGGGAGGGCAGUUAGCAACAAACAGGAAAAUUGGGGGGUCUCAACUAUACUAACAAAUCAGCAACAGGAGAAAGAGAUACGUGGCAUAUCAUUAGAGGAAGAGAAGAAGAGAUUAGUUGAGGAAAGGAAGAAAAAUGGAGCAGGUGGAAAUGCAGAGGCAGAAGGAAAAAUUUCAGGAAUGUGGGUGGGAGAGGCUCUCUCGAAAGCUGAGCAAGGAAGCCCUUUGGUUUACUGUUUUUGUGUUUUGUGAAUUCUUUUGGAACCUAAUUUUAUUGUUGUUGAGUUGUGCUUUUGUGGGAAUCUGUCUCUGUUCCUGUAAUUCUAAGAUUAACAGUUGUAACAGCUGGGAAAUAGUCAUUGUAUUGAUAGAAGAAUGUUGUAAUUAAGUUGAUGAAUCAAUCAAUACAAUACAUAUUUUUCUGCUAUAUUUACAAUUUGCAUGUUCUGUCUUAGCUGGAAUUUACGAGUUCUGCAGUUGCUUCAGUUUGGUGAUUGAGUCAUUGGGUGAGAUAUUGUCUGAAGUAGUGUUGGCUGUGAGGUGUUGCCCAGUUACUCAUCAACUUCCCACCUGUUACAUAAACCGUUCGUUAGGAUCACAUAUACUAUUAUGCAGGUUAAGAGUGGAAGUGGGAAAUCAACAGU